AUGUCACUCAAUAGGGGCACAUUUCCACCCCAUCAACAACCUUCGGGGGUUCUUGCCAUCCGGCCUUCGUCAGAAGAUCAUGAGAUUGUUUCAAUGGAAGUCGGUGAUCAGUUUCCUGACAGUGAACAUUUUAAGGAUGCACUUAGAAAUUUUUCUAUCAAACGCAAUUUUAACUUUACAUUCAUCAAGAAUGACAAGCAGAGAGUGACUGUCAAGUGCGCUGCUGAAGGUUGUGAAUGGCGUGUCCAUGCGUCCAUGGAAGGUAACCACGAGACGUUUAGGAUCAAGACGAUGUAUCCCACACACACAUGUGGUGGCGGUAUUGGCACAUCCUCACAUCCCAAGGCAUCAAAAAAGUGGGUGAGUGCACGUGUCAUACAAAAGCGGAAGGACCGUCCCCUAUAUAGGGCUAUUGACAUUCAGCGUGAUAUGUUGCGAGACCACGGUGUCUAUUUAUCCUAUAAACAAGCUUGGCUAGGGAAAGAGGUCGCCAAGGAUGUUCUCCAUGGGAGUGAGGUGGCGAGCUAUGAUUUAUUGAUGUGGUAUGCGAAGAAGGUAUUAGUAACAAACCAUGGUAGCGUUGCUAUAGUAGAGAAUGAUGGUUCCCUUUUCAAACGUGCAUUUUUUUCCUUCAAAGCAUGUGUCAUUGGUUUCAAGACCGGAUGUAGGCCAUUGCUGUACCUGGAUGGAACUCACUUGCUCGGUAAGUACGGGGGCACUUUGUUAGGUGCAACGGGAAAAGAUGGGAACGAUGGUUUCUUUCAUGUAGCAUUUGCAAUCAUAGAUAAUGAAACGGAUGCGAACUGGACGUGGUUCUUGUCAAAGCUUGGAGAUACUAUAUACGAUGAUGACGAAUAUGUGAAAAUUAUUACAUUUAUACCUGAUAGGUCCAAGGGCCUUAUCAAUGCUGUCGCGAAGGUAUUCCCUUCCUCACCACAUGUAUAUUGUUGGCGCCACUUGGAAGCAAACUUCAUGAAAGCAAAUGUCAGACUUGGCAAGUCAUUAAAAGAACGGUGCUGGUCUAUAUUAUCGAGAAUUGCGUUUUCAUGUGCUGAAAAAGAAUUCGAUGACGUUGUUGCCGAUCUGUUAAGCACAUCGGCGGAUGCACAUCAAUGGUUGAUGCAGAAAUCCGAUCUGGCACACUGGGCGAAUUACAUGUUCAAAGGUGAUAGAUGGAGGGAGAUGUACUCAAACGUGGCGGAGUCGUUUAAUGCAUGGAUAAAAGAGGCACGCCAUCUCCCUGUCACAAACAUGGUAGACUCAAUAAGGUUUAAGCUGAUGGGCAUGUUGUGUCAUCGAUGUGAACAAUCUCAAAGAUGGGAGAGAUGUCUAUGUCCUGUCAUUCAUCGAAAGAUUGAGGAACUUCUUGAAGAAUCUCGCAACCUACUGGUCGGCCGUUCCGACGGUGACCAUUCUGAAGUGGUUGACCAAAAGAACUACUGCAUCGACGAGACACAAAUAUUCAUCGAUAUAUCGAUGACUACUUCACUGAUGGACUCUUCCAGAGCAAGCAUAAGCGAAGCCAUAUUUCCGAUGACGGAUAAUGACAAACCAGAUGAUAUCAACCGCGAACUACUUGUGCGUCCUCCAAUCACCAAGAAGCCAGUUGGUCGGCCAAGACGAAAGCUUCUAGAGUCACAACCAUCAAGCGUUCGUGAAUUACGAUGCAGCCGUUGCCAUGAUGCUGGUCAUAACCGUAGAUCCUCGUAA